AUGCCUGUUAUCCUCGAAGAUGAUAUGCUCAUCCCGCCCUCAAUGAGGCGCAAGAGAUACUACAGCACAAAUACAGAAACAAUCAUCUCCGCAGCUUCCCCCAGCUCAUCAACAACUAUCGAGCUCCCCUCCCACCGGGCCAUGAGCCCGCCCCGAGACCCGGUAAUCAUCCAUGAAGACCAUUAUGUGCCCGUCUAUGAAGACUCUGUCCGCGAGUAUAUCUACACAACUUCAAACGGCCCUGGCCGAUCAUCCAACUACCGAAGAGGAGGUGCAGAGCUAGAUGUUGGUCUAAAUAUUGGGGGCCUUAGAGGAGCACAUUAUGUCCGUGCCAGGAGCGUUGGUCCGCCAGCGUACGAGGGCUAUGAUUCUUACGAUGAUGAAUACUAUCUCGAGGACGGAAUCCGACAUGGUAGCACUAGGAGACGCCAUGGGUCUCCUGGGAGAUCAAGCAUCGGGUCACCGGGAAGACACAGCCACCACCGCCUCGUCGAUGCCAGUGCCGGAAUGGUGGGUGCGCACGAGGUGAUCAGGCACAGGAGGAACCGAUCCCACUCCCAGUACCGCUCAUCCUCGCACCACAGGUCGUCCUCCCGUGGCACCGAGCACUCCCACCGCGCGCGACACCUCGCCGAGUCCGGUUUGGCCGCCGCAGGAUUAAAGCAUGCCGUCAAUCACCACCGCCAACGCUCCCACUCGCGCUCCCACUCGCGCGGCCGCCGCGGCUCCGAGAACGCAAUCUACUCUGGCGAAGAGCAUCACCCCGGCUGGUAUGACGACAACCAUCGCGACCAUCGCCGCGCCCGGCACCUCGCUGAAGCCGGCCUAGGCGUCGCCGCCGCUGGCGCCGCAAAGGAACUCUACGACCACCGCAAACGCACCCACCGCCGCUCCUCCUCGGCAUCAUCAAUCUCCUCAGCCAACGCCAACAUCGGCCACGAAACCCACAACGGCCGCAAUGUCGCUGCCGCCGCCCUGGGCGCCACCGCUGCAGGCCUUGCAACCCACAAGAUGCGCCACCACAAAGAGCACCGCUCAUCUUCCGUCUCAAGUUACUCCUCAGACGACGAGCGCCACUCGAAGCACCGCGGACGCAAGGUCGCCGGCGUAGCACUCGGUGCUGCGGCAGCUGGAAUGGCAGGUAAGGCACUCCACGACCAUUAUUAUCGCCGUGGCUCCCGUUCUCGUUCUCGUUCGUCCUCCUCGUCCUCGUCGUCGUCGGAUGAGGACCACCACCGCCGCCACAGACGCUCCAAGAAGAUUCCUGCCGCGGCGUUGGGGACUGCAGCUGCGAUCGCAGCGAAGCGGCACCACGACCACCGGAAGGAGAGCCGUUCACGUUCCCGCUCGCGCUCAAGAUCGCGCUCGAGCGAGCGCCGCCGACGCAUGUCUGGGCCACAGAAGGCGGGAUACAUGAUGACGGGCGGGCUGAUGGAGAAGCACCACCGCAAGAAGGAGCAUGAGCGUCGGGCGUCGAGCGUCGAUGCGCAUCACGAGCACCGGCACCGCAGGGCGUCGGAGGGCAAUGGGAGCCAUAGGCCGAGACGGGGGAGCAUGGCGGGGUUGGGCGGCAUCAUGAGUAAUGUGAUGGGCGGGGCGAGGGGGAAUGGGAAUGGGAAUGGGAAUGGGAAUGGGAAUGAGCAGCAUCCGCCGCCGCCGCAUAGGGGUAUUGGAGAGAAGGUGGCGUAUAAGCUGGGAGAGGUUGUUGCGGAGGAGAUUGCGGGGAGGAGGGGCGCGAGGAGAUGA